AUGCAUGAAACUGAAUCCCAAACUAAUCACAGUAAUGAAACAUCAGCAGUGCCAACAUAUUUAUUAACUGAAAUCCCUGGGGUAGAAGAAGUUGAGAGGGAAGAGUUUGAUAGGGUUGUCAAACAGUUAAACGAUGAAAUUUCCAACCUAAAUCCAGCAACUCAACCACUCACAUCUUCCAACCGGCAGCCAGAGUCAACUUACAACCAAACCACACCUUCACCCAACAAGGCACCUCCCCACUGUAGACAAUGUCACUAUCCUGUUCGUGGACACAAGAGGCUUAACAAUGCACAGGUCAAAUGUUAUUUCUAUGAAAAUGGUACCUGCACAGUUAGUGAUGACAUCAGUAGCUCAAAUUGCCCUUGUUCAUGGCACACAGCAAACCAGCAUGAGAGUAAUCAGAAUACUUGUAACAACCAGUCAGCUUCAUUACCAACACCAGAUUCUCAGAUCACUCUUCGCAUAAAUGUCACUAUUGCACAACAUCUUGAUGUAACUGAGUGGCUCCUGCCCUCAUACAUUUGCCAGUCCUCCAUUGGUGGAAGACCUAAUGGUAGUAAUGCCUGCACUGUGAUUGCAGAACUUGCUGCACUUGAUUUUCUGGAGGGAACCCUUCAAAUUCCCACGCAGUUACAAGACCUCAACAUUACUAUACCUAUGUAUACUAAUGUCAUGAUAAAAGGAAAUCAGUUAUAUGACUCUUUCCACCUGCCAAUUCAGCAACCAAAUUUGGAAGUCAGACAAGUCCUUCAGCAUGGAAAAAAUGAUAAACAUUUGAAGAAACUUGAAAUCACUUCAGACCUGGGUUUCUUUACUGUGAGAGACCUUGAAGACCACCUCACACAACACCAUCAUAUGCAUCCAUCAUUUGCAGCUGUAUUGAUUGUGCCACCAGACAAGUCAAUGGUACUUUGUUUCAAUCAGACAAGUAUUUGUCUUUUUGAAAGUCACACUCAUGGUCUCCAGGGGGGCAUUAUUGCCACCAGUUCCUCUGGAAAUGUCAGCCACUUUGUCAAAUAUCUAGAAAGGAUGGUUAUGCGAGACUGGAAGAAUGGAUUACAUGGCUCAAACAUA